UUAAACUUUCCAUAAUGUCCAGCGUGGCAGUGCUUAGAAGAAAUGCCUUCACCUCCUGCUCUCUGACUAAAAGGGAAUUAUCACAUCGCAGGAUCCUUUAAUAAUACUCAGCUUUUGCAUUGGAACCGGGAUAUCGGCUCCCAGUCGUCUGAGUAGUGCAUGAUAAAGUCUACAUGGAUUUCACGAUGGAGGACUUCAUUCUCGAAUGGAAUCCUGAUUUCCCAAUUUCUGACCCCAAGGGCACAAUGAGGAAUCUCAAUGACAGACUGGCCGAUUUCAUGAAACACUGCGUCGACCUGGAAAAGUCCAAUCACCGGUUGCAAAAGAAGAUUGAAGGACGAGUGAAAGAAUUUGCCCCUGUGGGUUAUGACUGGCAAAAAAGAGAAAAGGAGAGCAAUGAUCUUCUGCAGUCAAUUAGGAAAACAGCUAUGCAAAAUGCCGAAAUCUCCCUAGACAUUGACAAUAACCUCAUGGAACUUACACUCCUUAAGGAAAGGCUAUAUCAUGAGCAAUUUGAGCACAAAGAUGUUUUAUAUAAAAAGAAACACGUGGAAUCAGUGCUUGUAGAAAUCAACCUUUCUGUCGGAGAUAUAGAAUUGGCAAUAAAAGACAAGAUGGCUGAACUCAAAGACUUGAAGCUGAGUCACCAAGAGGCAGUCCAGGCUGUGCAGCAGUUAAUUCCCCCUAUCGAUGAGAUUCAGUUUGUUGUGGUGGAGGAGGGGAGCAGGAUGGAACUGUCCCAGCUCCUCAAUGAGAUCAGGACACACUAUGAAUCCCUCAUCAGCAGCAGUCAGAUGCCUCUGGACCUUUCAACCAGCACCCAGUUAGAGGAAGAAGCACGGAUGAAAAUGGAGAAGGAAGUAGAAGAGCUGAGAGAAGCCAGAGCCAACCUGAAUGAAGCCAGGCGACAGUGGAAAAGCCUUCAAGCUGAGAUUGACACUCUCCAAGCUUUGGAAAGGAGCUUGAAAUACACACUGCAUGCUACCAAACAGCAACACCAGAAGCAACUCAAAGAUCUGGCUACAGUUAUUGUGGAUUUGGAGCAAGAGCUGAAGGAGGUGAGGCAAGGCAUCAGAAUCCAACUACAAAAGCAUAAGAUGCUCCUGAAUACCAAUAUGAAGUUGGAGCACGAGAUCUCAGCCUAUCGAACCCUACUGGAGAGAGAAGAAAAUAGAUUGGUUGGUUCUGAUGCUGGGAAAUAUCAAGAGCAAAAACCAUCCACAAGUAGAAUAGCGUUUGCCUUUCCUCCUGGUAUCAGCUGGGAUUCAGAGACGGAUGCUGAUCAGGAGGCUUCACAGAAUCAGAGUGAAACCUGCAUUGAGGAAUCGGGGAGCUGGUUCAGCGAGGAUGAUGAAAGCUCAAGUGUUGACAAGAUUGCUGAGAGCGACAAUGAACUCAAACAAAAGUGGCCAAUAUUUAAUGGAAAAAUUGAGGAAGAAGGUUUAGAAGCAAGCGGCACUUUUCAAACUGACAAAGUGGGCAAAGUUAUUAAAGAAUGGGAGGGAUCGUUCUUUAAAGAUAAUCCGAAGCUUAGGAAGAAGUCAAUGUCCUUGAGAUUUGAUCUUCACAUGGCUGCAGCUGAUGAGAAGGGCUCUCAAGCCAGUCUCAAGCAAGAGGAAAAUUUAAAAGACAUAGAGGUUCGGAUGAUAAUGAGACGCUCAUGUAGCAUUCCCUCCAUGAGUCCAUGAGCUACUUCCAGCAAAUGCAAAGAUAACUUCAUGGACAAAAUGGAUUUCGUGCACAAUACUAUCAAAAGGUGAAAAGAGUUUGAUCUACAGUAUGUUUGUAUCUGCAACAAAAAGUGGUAAUACUAUACAUGUUACACUAUUUAACAAAAAAGUGUAGGUUUAUGGUUAUCCUCCACAUGUAUACAUCCUUCUCCUUGAGCCCCCUUUUAUCCUUUAUCCACUCUAAUGACAAAGCUACCAUUUACACCCCAUAGUUUUCCACAAGUAGUUAAUAAGUGGGCUCAAGAUAAACAGUUUAGUAGACAGAAUAUUUUAUUGAUUCAGCAUAACUUUUUAUUGGCUCCAUCACAGCCCACUCAACGCACAGCAUGUUUAUUAAUAUCUCUAGGUUAGAGGGUAUCUUUAAAGGAGGGGGGAGAUACCUCUACAAAAGACAAGGACCUUAAUCUGCUACCUUUAUUCUAUGUGCAAAGAGAAACAAAUCUUACCUUUAGAGCAAAGCAACCAAUACACUAUACUGUAUAUUUCUGAUUUAUAAAUGAAACUUGAAUGUAUCCGUGCUAUGCAAAAAUCACACCAAAGGAAAUGCAUAUAUUCCUCUAUAGAAGGAAGUGGAAUGUUAAAAUAGUUUUGUUUUAACUUAAUUUCAUAUAUAAUUCUCCUUGCUCCCCUUUCCUCUGUGGCUGAUAUAUUUUGGGGAAAAGAAUUCUGUAAAGGGAGCAAGCCAGUCAUGUAUAUUUCAGGCAGUGAUCCUGCUAUGCACAUUUUUUGCAGCUUAGGUGAUGGUGUGAGCAAAAGUAAUAAAAUAAUGAGUUGCCAGAUGGGAUCUGUUAUUAGAAGCAUCUAAGCUACAAAGAAGAGAGUUAUUGGAACUGUUAUUCAGGGAAAAGGUGAUUCAAAGUAAAGGUAAAGGACACACACACCGCCUCACAUUUUCUCUAACAGAUCUGCUCAGAUCUCCAAAUAGCUCCAAUUUUGGAGCUCUUAGCAAGGUAACAAAUAGUAACAUAGUAACAUAGUAAGUAAGGUUGAAAAAUGACACACGUCCAUCAAGUUCAAAUCUUUUUUUUUUUUAAUCUGCCUAACUGCCAGUUGAUCCAGAGGAAGGCAAAAAAAAAAACAUCUGAACGCUCUCCAAUUUGCCUCAGAGGGGGAAAAAAAUCCUUCCUGAUUCCAAAAUGAAAAAUAGAAUUUUUUAAAAUGUUUAAUCUGGCACAAGCCUGCUGUAAGUAAAUACUUUGGGCUUUGGGGGACCCAUUUAUGUGAACAGAAUGUGUUGGGGUAAGAAUGAACAUAAUCAAGAAUUUGAUUUAGUCAUUUGCCAGGAUGCAAUAUUUAUUUGACUAUUCUGAAUCCUGUAAUUUCACUUCAAUGUAUUAUUGCUUGUACUUCAUUUCAUUUUAAAGUGCAUUUCAGUGGGAUGUAAACACCAGUGAUGCAUUUUAGCUUGUUCUUGUUGCAUUCCAAGUGGACCAGGAGAGAAUCAAUAUAAGUAUUACAAUACUCAACUUACUACAGGGUUAAAAUGUUCCUGUAUAAUGGCUGAAUCUGAUGGGGAAGAUUCAAUAUACAGUUUCAAAAUAUCAUUUCAAAAUGAUGUAUUUGGUACAUCUAAAUAGAAGUAAAGAAAAUAAAAAAUAUUGCUAAAUGA